AUGAUUCAGGAUAUUAAAGAAGAUAACAGUAGUGUUCUUAACGCUUCUAGUGAGGAUGUUCCUCAGUCGACAGCCUGUAAAGCUUUGCACAGAGUAAUGCAAACAGUCAUACUUUUACAAUGGGUUCAGAAUACGUUGGUGCCAAACUUAGGAUUUUUAGGUAAAAAGCACCCCCUAUUUGCAAAGUACUACAAGUUUGUUAUUAUCUCACAAUUGGUUUAUUUGGUGAUUAUACUCGCUUGUGUUUUCUUGCUGAAUUUGAAAUCCAAAAAAAAUGCUGCACAACCUGUUAAAAAAUGGUCGCUGCAAAGAUGCUCGAAGUUAAACUGUUCUCGUUGUGAUGCAAGAAGAGCACAUCCAAAAUGGUUCAAGUUCAAAUAUUGGCUCUUAUUUUUGUUCAUCUACUUUUUUAUGGUUUUUUUCGUAAUGUGCAUUCAGGUUUUUUUUGCAGAAGAUCAAACAAUCAGCUUACCAAGACUCUUAAACUUAUUCGGCUUACAAAGUAGGGCAAUUUUCGCCACUUUUCUCAUGACAUACUGUAUAAAACAGUAUAAUUUUCACAGCAGUGUUCUAGAGACAAGAGGUGACUGUGUUGACGAUGAAAAAAGACUUUUAAUGGAGGAGGACAUAGUUUAG